CCUCCAAGUACCUCUCCUUUAUUGGCUUCUUCUCUCUUCUCUUCUUUUUGUUAGUUAAAGCACCAAACUUUUAUUAACUAUGACACCACCUCACCACCAAAAGCAAAUCCAAAUACAAAUACAAAAUUAAGCUUUUACUAUUCAUUUUCAUGGCCAAAGUCAUUCAUGAAGCCACUGAAAACAUGACUCAACUCUGCAGGAAAGUAGCCCGUGUAAAUAUUAAGUGGAGUAUACUCGAUAGAGUUUCAAUUUUCCGGAGGUUCUUUCGGUUCAUUUGGGAUAGAAUUCUUGUUUGUUCUAUUGGGAAUAAUAAGCCUGAUCAUUUGGGUUACCGGAAACUCACUCACCGGCCGUCUUCUCCGGAGACCGUCGAAGCAGGCCUGGAUGACCUUUCCAGGACGUGCAGUAGUAGUAGUGGGUAUGAAACGGAUUCCGAUUUGGUUUCCUUGAAGAUCAGCUUGUUGGGUGAUUGCCAAAUUGGAAAAACAAGCUUUGUGAUUAAAUAUGUGGGAGAUGAACAAGAGAAAUGUUUACAGAUGGCAGGAUUGAAUCUGAUAAACAAGACAUUAAUGGUUCAAGGAGCAAGAAUCGCUUUCAGUAUAUGGGAUGUAGGAGGUGACAGUAGCUCCCAUGACCAUGUCCCAAUUGCUUGUAAAGAUGCAGUAGCAAUUUUGUUUAUGUUUGAUCUCACCAGCCGCUGUACACUUAACAGUGUUGUUGAAUGGUAUAAUGAAGCCAGAAAGUGGAAUCAGACAGCUAUUCCCAUAAUUAUUGGCACCAAAUUUGAUGAUUUUGUGAGACUCCCACCAGAUUUGCAAUGGACAAUUGUAACCCAGGCAAGGGCAUAUGCAAGGGCAAUGAAGGCGACCCUUUUCUUCUCAAGUGCAACACAUAACAUCAACGUGAACAAGAUCUUCAAAUUUAUAAUGGCCAAGCUGUUUAACUUGCCCUGGACGGUCGAGAGAAACUUAACCAUUGGAGAGCCAAUUAUCGAUUUCUGAAUAUAUAUAUAUAUAUUUUUUUAUAAAUUAGUAUUCUGAUUUUCUUGUACAUAGUCUGAAAGAGAAAGAAUUUUUAAAAGAAAAAUAAUAAUAUAACAAAUUUCUAUAUGUUUCUGUUGAUUCUCCAAGGAAUUUAUAAAAAAUGGAAUCAAUUUGUAGUUGCAUGGCGGUUUGGUAGUCUAAUAUUUUAAAUUCUUUCAAAGGCAUAGAUUCCAAAUUCUUUCCAUUUAAAAUAUGCCUUCAAAUUAAAGUCUUUCUCAACAAAAAUUUGACUUCAAGACUCGAUCAAUGGAGGAGGCAGACUUUAGUGAACCUUUCAAUA